AUGAACCCACAAAGUAUUCCUCCCAGAAGGGUAUCCGGGUCCAUUAUGGCCAAUUCACACGCUGCUAGUCCGUCUCCUAUAGUAUCACCCACAGCAGCAAGACCAAUAGACACAGAAGCUUCGUUUUCUCCCCACGGAACCAUAUCGCCACUAACCAGUCUGAGUCCCGUUUCGGCACCACCGAUGAUACAUAACAAAUUGUACUGUGAACAGGCUCGGAGCAAGCCGAAAAAGGCUUCAGCAACCCUCAAACUAAGUGAUCCAGAACUCAAGACCGUCAGGUCACAUGCAGAGUUGGCCCAGACCGCCAAUGGGGUUCGAAUGUUGGCCAAAAAUCUUACCCGGGCCACGAUUCAGCUUGAUGUGAGGUCGAUUAUGAUUGUGACAAAGGCGAAGGACAAUCUGCUUGUGGUUUUGACCCGGGAGCUCGUGGAAUGGCUUCUUGGUCAGUCUCGAGAUAUCGCGGUUUAUGUCGACAAGGGACUCGAAAAACUGAAACGGUUCAACGCCAGGGAGAUUUUCGAGUCUCUGGAAAAGGCGCAGCGAAAUUUAAGGUUCUGGGACAAGCAAUUUGCCAUGCGGAACCCGGAAAUCUUUGAUCUUGUGCUCACGUUGGGCGGCGAUGGAACCGUGCUCUACGUGCUGAAUUUGUUCCAGCGGAUCGUACCGCCGGUGAUAUCGUUUGCGCUAGGAUCCCUUGGGUUUUUAACCAAUUUCCAGUUCGAAGAGUUCCCAAAACACAUGGUCAAGGUGCUCGAACGAGGCGUGCGGGCAAACUUGCGUAUGCGCUUCACUUGUAGGGUUCACCAUGCGGACGGCAGACUCGUCAGUGAGCAACAAGUACUCAACGAGCUCGUGGUGGAUAGAGGCCCUUCGCCAUAUGUGACACAAUUGGAGCUCUACGGCGACGGCUCGCUUCUCACUGUGGCCCAAGCCGAUGGCCUAAUUAUAGCCACGCCCACAGGAUCCACAGCCUAUUCGCUUUCUGCUGGUGGUCUGUUGGUGCACCCAGGCGUAAGUGCCAUUUCAGUGACUCCAAUCUGUCCCCACACACUUUCUUUUCGGCCAAUUCUUUUGCCCGACGGCAUGGUACUCAAGGUCAGAGUUCCGCUUACGAGCCGACUGACGGCGUGGGCAUCCUUUGACGGCAAAGAAAGAUUAGAAUUAAAGAGAGGAGACUACGUUACUAUCAGAGCUAGUCCAUAUCCAUUUCCUACCGUGAUUCUGUCCAAAACAGAAUAUAUCGACAGUGUGAGCCGAAAUCUUCACUGGAACGUCCGCGACCUGCAAAAACCAUUUACUCACCUCCUCAGCGCGAAGAACAAGCAAUUGUUCGAGGGAGGACAUGGCGAUGCUCAAUUCGAUAUCGACUACAGUGAUGAAAACGACGACGAAUUGGGAACUGCAGACACAGAAAUUACAGGAAGCGAACCCAGCGAAGUAGAGUACGAUGAUGAUAGACCAUGCUUUGCUCAUCCAAAUGCCAAAAUCACUCUCGACCACCAGUAA